UGAUAAACUAGUAAAGAGACGUAAAAUAGUUGACUUCGGCAAGUUCUGACAUUGACUUAGGCUAUUUGAGUUAGAGAACUUUGCAUCCAUGGAUAUUUUAGCCAAAAAAUGGAAAUAAAGAAACGAAGACCAAUCUUAGAAUAUUUUCACCAUGUCAACUGUUCAUCUAUAUCCUCCAAACAAUGGUUUUAUGUCGCCUUUGGAAAAGUUCAGGAGGGCUGCGAGCAUCGUACGUAUGUUUGCAUCUGUGUGUUUGGCGCUUCGACGAUACACCAUGGAGGGAUUUGACAUAGAAUCCAUAAGGGUGGGAGAGCGUUUGGCCAUUCAAAGGGGCGAAGCAGAUGGAAACGCAUUCAGUGAAAUAUCAUUCAAUACAUUGGAUUUUAAGACGAAUUAUGAGUUUACUUGGCCAAGAUUCGCCAAGCGUGCAAUAGAGAAAAAACCUUGUGAUAGGACUGAGAAAGACAUUGAGGUAAUUUGUAGACUGAUGCGUGGGUUGGUCAGCUUUAGGAAGUACACACCGCCGAUGCAAAAGCUGCUCAGUAAGAUUAUCAGAUAUACCAAAUUUGGCAGACGAAGGGUUGUUGUUCGGAAGGGUCAUAGAGGAGAGAGUCUUUACUUCAUAUUCUCAGGCAGCGUCUCUGUAGUUCUCGACAAGGACGAGGAGAGUGUCUUUGUCAAACAAGAAGUUAUAACACUUACAAAAGGAUCGUGUUUUGGGGAAAUCGCCUUGAUUGAGGGCCGCAACGCCACGAGACAAGCCACAGUAGUGUGUUCCAGUGAAGCGGAGUUCCUCGUUGUCGACAAAUAUGACUUCGAUACUAAUGGACUGAAAGAGCAUAGCGUUAGUGAGCAAAAUUUCCGCCUUGAUGUUUUCAGAGAACAUGCACUUCUCAAAAAGUGGUCAGAAGAGAACUUGUACAAAUUGAGUCGAGUCAGUCGAAACGAGGAGUUUGUACAUGGCCGGGUGGUGGUAGAAGACUCCAGGAAGAAUGCAUUCUUGUGGAUGGUUACUCAGGGAGUAUGCAAUGUAUUGAGAGUGGUGAACUUGUCAAACUGCACCAAAUACCAGCAGUUGUUCCUCGCCAAGGAUAAUGCUCAGGACAUCUUAUUCAGUCAAACUGGAGAUCCUCUGCUGACAAAAAAACUCUCCAAGACAGAGAUAGAUCGAUUGAAGAGACAACUGUCAGGAGAGGUUGUAACAUCACUGGCGUUGGAGGAGUCCAUGAUGAAACGCCAAAUAGCAAAGACGUCUUCUGGAAGAGCUGAUUUUCAAAGAAAGUCAUCACUAGAUACAAAAUGGAUUUCCGAAUCAGAAAUGUUGACAGACGAUGAAGUCCCUGUGGGAAUCUUCAUGAGAAUAGAUGCUAUCAGGCCAGGUGAUGUAUUUGGACUGGAAAACCUUUAUGUUAGGGGACCCAAUCCAAAGUACGCCCUCGUAAGCGGAGGCUGCAAAGUCAUCCAAAUUCCAAAGUCUCUUUUCAUCCAGUUUGCUAAUGAGAAGAUUAUAAAAACUUUACUUCUCGAGAAAGAAUACCAAAAUGAUAAUGAGCUUUGCCAGAUGUACCUCAAACAGAACCAAUGGGCUGGCUUUAAGAAUAUCGUCUUGGAAGAGACGAUAGCAGAUCAAAAGAUGGCAAACAGACCUUUCGAGGAUUCUCUCCGUCGUCACAAAAGGAUCGAAUUUACCCCUACAAGAGUAUUUGAUAGACGUAAAGCAAUACUAAGGCCCCAGUCGUGUAUGCCCAGAAUGAUGGCAAAAGGAGCUUCUGAUACGAUGCAUAUGCGUUCAGGAAAACCAAGAUUGAUCAAAUCAGCAAAACCAAGCACCCGUUCAAACAAACAAUUGCAGGCAAUAGAGACAGAAUAUGAUGACGAACAUGAAGUAAUUGAAAGCUCCGAGCCACUGCAAUUGAGGAAAGACUCAGCAGAAUCUCUCACACAAGUAUCUAGUCAAGUGAAAUCAAAACCAAGAGUGCAUAUAACUUCUUCUAAAGAAAACAUGGGCAAUACUAAUCCCCCACAAAUCUCCAUUAUUAAGAAGACUAAACGCAAUGUUCAUGAGAAGCCAACGCCCGUUGAAGGAACAACAGUUGCAAACAUUGAAAGACCAGAGAAGGUCAAAAGUUGCUUAUCGAGACCAGGGUCAAGGACAGGAACUUCAAAUGUUCAAAGAUCAGGACAGGUCAACAUUCAAAUGGCAAAACAAAAUUUUAGAACAGGUACUUCAAAUACUGAAGGAUCGUUAAGAUCUCAACAGCAUGAUCGUAUACAAAGACCAGUGUCUUCAACUGCAGAAAGAGUUUCAAUAGGCCGUAUGUCAGAGUCAGCUUCAAGAUCAAUCACGCCAUCUCCCAAAGGGAAUCAAGGUCAGGUGACCAAACCUGGAUCAGGCCCAAACACACAAACUGCCGCAAGAUCGAAAAAUCGUAAAGAAAGGCCAAUGCCAGUUUCAAGGAAUAAUGUGGACUAUAAAGUGGAAAGGUCAAACUUGUUUGCAAGAACGAGUAAAUGUACUGUACAGUUGGUGAAAAUGAUACAAACACCAUCCUACCAAGAGAAAAUGAAACGACUGGUAUUGCAAUAA